CGGCUGUCGGCGAGCUCCUUCACGCGUUCGUGGGUCAGCCACGAGAUAAGACGGGCAAUAGGCUUUGUGUGAUUCGUUGGCGUGUUCUUAGGUCAGAUCUCAGAUCCCGUGUGCAGGCUUCUUGGAUCUGAAGCCUUUGGGAGUGGCGUCAAUAUGUAUCUCGUAUUCCCCACAUGCUGUAGAGGGGCUUUAUUUUGAAUCUUGUCCGACCCUGCAGAACGCCCUGUUUUUUUCUUGAGUUGAGCUGAGCUUUCUACGAUUGCGUCGACUUAAAUCUUGUGUUGUACUAUUUUGCCCAUUCUGGUUGUGUUAUACUCCUAUCCACUAAGAGAGCCCGAGAAUCCCUAUACACAUUAUGGCGCCCGGUCUUGUGUCUCCGGGACCUGCGGUUUCGGCAGAGGCGACGCGGUCGUUGAACGAGGUUACCGCGAGUUAUGACGAUACAUUGAGGUUCUACCUCAAUGGGACGAAGGUCGUGCUUGACGAUGCGGAUCCCGAGGUCACACUGCUGGAGUACCUGAGGGGCAUUGGAUUGACAGGGACAAAGCUAGGAUGUGCGGAAGGGGGGUGUGGUGCUUGCACAGUGGUCAUUUCACAAUAUAACCCCACGACCAACAAGAUAUACCACGCCUCUGUAAACGCAUGUUUGGCACCACUGGUCAGUGUAGACGGCAAGCAUGUCAUCACGGUCGAGGGAAUUGGAAACGUCAAGAGACCACACCCAGCACAAGAGAGGAUAGCAAAAGGCAAUGGUAGCCAAUGUGGCUUCUGCACACCUGGAAUCGUCAUGAGUCUAUACGCACUUCUCCGCAACACCGACGCCCCUACCGAACACGACGUCGAAGAGGCCUUUGAUGGCAAUCUUUGCCGGUGCACAGGAUACAGGCCCAUCUUGGACGCAGCACAGAGUUUCAGCGUCAAGACAGGAUGUGGCAAGGCGACUGCGAACGGCGGAGGUGGAUGUUGCAUGGAGAAGAAUGGUGCAAAUGGUGGAGGGUGCUGCAAGAGCGGUGGAGACGAUGGAGACGCACAGCCCAUCAAGAGGUUCACGCCUCCGGGGUUCAUCGAGUACAAGCCCGACACCGAGCUCAUUUUCCCGCCACAACUGAGAAAACACGACUUCAAGCCCCUUGCGUUCGGAAACAAGAAGAAGAAAUGGUUCAGGCCCACUACACUCGAACAGCUGCUAGAGAUCAAGAAUGCGUAUCCCUCUGCGAAGCUCAUUGCCGGAUCGACGGAGACACAGAUUGAGAUCAAGUUCAAGGGUAUGAACUACAGCGCCUCGGUGUUCGUUGGCGAUAUUCCUGAGCUGCGACAGUUCACCUUCCACGACGAGUAUCUUGAGAUUGGCGGGAAUGUCGUUCUUACUGACCUAGAGCAAAUUUGCCAAGAUGCUCUUGAGCACUAUGGCAAAACACGAGGCCAGCCUUUCGCUACUGUGUUGAAGCAGAUUCGGUACUUUGCUGGCCGUCAGAUCAGGAAUGUUGGUACGCCUGCAGGUACGCUGGCGACGGCGAGCCCAAUCUCCGAUCUCAACCCGGUUUUCGUGGCCACGAAUGCUACGUUGAUUGUUAAGAGCUUGAGCGAAACGACCGAGAUCCCCAUGUCGACAUUCUUCAAGGGGUAUAGGCAGACAGCUUUGCCUGCAGAUGCAAUCAUCGCUGGUCUGAAGAUACCAGUUGCGAAAGAGAAGGGUGAGUUUAUCCGCGCGUACAAGCAGUCAAAGCGGAAGGACGACGACAUCGCCAUUGUGAAUGCCGCAUUGAGGAUAUCGCUUGACGACGAGCACACGGUCGAGAGCGUAGACUUGGUGUAUGGCGGCAUGGCUCCCAUUACCAUUCCUGCCCGGAAGGCGAUGGAAUUCCUCCAAGGAAAGAAGUUUACGGAUCUCCAAACUUUGGAGGGCGUCAUGGAUAAGCUCGAAGAGGACUUCGAUUUGCGAUUUGGCGUACCCGGUGGCAUGGCUACGUACAGGAAAUCUCUUGCGCUCAGCUUCUUCUAUAAGUUUUACCAUGAGGUGCUGGCAGAAUUGCACGCCGAGGAGGUCGAGAUUGACACACAAGCCAUUGGUGAAAUCGAGAGGGAGAUUAGUUACGGCAAGAAGGACGACAAGGCUGCGGAAGCUUACAGGCAGAAUGAGGUCGGACAGUCGAAGAACCACGUUGCGGCUAUGAAGCAAUGUACAGGGGAGGCACAGUACACAGACGACAUCCCGCUGCAGCGCAAUGAGCUUUACGGAUGCUUGGUGCUAUCAACGAAAGCCCACGCCAAGUUGCUCAAAGUCGAUCCAAAGUUUGCUUUGGAUCAGUCAGGUGUGGUAGCCUACGUCGAUCACACCGAUGUGGCCACACCAGAAGCCAAUUGGUGGGGAGCGCCUGCCUGCGACGAGGUCUUCUUUGCUGUCGAUGAGGUCUUCACCGUUGGCCAACCGAUCGGAAUGAUCUUGGCGGAUACAGCAAAGUACGCGGAACAGGCAGCUCGUCUCGUCAUGAUCGAAUAUGAAGAGCUUCCCGCUAUUUUUACCAUCGAGGAGGCUAUCGUACAUGAGAGCUACUUCAACCAUUUCCGCCACAUUCAGAAGGGAGACACAGAGAAGGCUUUCGAGGAAGCUGAUCAUGUCUUCACUGGUACGGCACGCAUGGGUGGCCAGGAACACUUCUACCUUGAGACCCAAGCAUGUCUGGCAGUUCCGAAGCCCGAAGACGGGGAGAUGGAGAUCUUCAGCGGCACACAAAACCCAGCCGAGACGCAAGCAUAUGUAUCCAAGGUUCUUGGUGUUGCAGCGAAUAAGGUUGUCACUCGCAUCAAGCGCAUGGGUGGUGGCUUUGGUGGCAAGGAAACACGAUCGAUUCAACUCGCCGGUAUCGUGGCGUGCGCUGCGAACAAGGUCCGGAGACCAGUGAGGUGCAUGUUGAAUCGAGACGAGGAUAUCUUGACCUCUGGACAACGUCACCCAUUCCUCGCUCGCUGGAAGGUUGCUGUCAACAAGGACGGUAAGAUUCAAGCCCUCGAUGCAGAUGUCUUCUGCAACGGAGGCUGGAGCCAAGAUCUUUCUGGUGCCGUUGUCGAGCGCUCGCUCUCGCACAUCGACAACGUCUACUCGAUUCCUAACGUACAUGUCCGUGGCAGAGUUGCAAAGACAAACACCGUUUCCAACACCGCGUUCCGUGGCUUUGGUGGCCCACAGGGUCUGUUUAUCGCUGAGACAUACAUUGAAGAAAUCGCCGACCAUCUCAAUAUUCCUGCGGAGAAACUGCGCGAGAUCAAUAUGUAUUCUCCCGAGACGAACAUGGUCACGCAUUUCAACCAGAAACUUCAGGACUGGUACGUUCCACUCAUGUAUCAGCAGGUGCAAGAGGAAUCUGCGUACGCCCGCCGCCGCGACGAGAUCACGGAAUGGAACAAAACGCACAAAUGGAACAAGCGCGGUCUCGCUAUCAUUCCAACGAAGUUCGGUAUCUCCUUCACGGCACUGUUCUUGAACCAGGCCGGCGCACUCGUGCACAUCUACCACGACGGCUCUGUUCUUGUCGCGCACGGCGGCACAGAAAUGGGUCAAGGUCUGCACACAAAGAUGACACAGAUUGCCGCCGAAGCCCUCAAAGUGCCUCUCGCCAACGUGUUCAUCUCCGAAACCGCAACCAACACCGUCGCGAACACAUCGUCAACAGCCGCGUCUGCGUCCUCUGAUCUUAACGGCUACGCCAUCUUCAAUGCCUGCGAGCAGCUGAACGAGCGUCUGCAACCCUACCGCGAGAAACUCGGGCCCGACGCGACAAUGAAAGACAUCGCACACUCCGCAUACUUUGACCGCGUAAAUCUUUCCGCUCAGGGAUUCUACAAAACACCCGACAUCGGCUACGUAUGGGGCGCCAACAAAGGACAAAUGUUCUUCUACUUCACACAGGGUGUGGCAGCUGCGGAAGUCGAAAUCGAUACCUUGACCGGUGACUGGACGUGCAGGCGAGCGGAUAUCAAGAUGGACGUCGGCCGCUCAAUCAACCCCAGUAUCGACUACGGGCAGAUUGAAGGCGCGUUCGUGCAGGGCCAGGGUCUGUACACCACAGAAGAGAGCUUGUGGCAACGAAGCACAGGAGGAAUUUUCACAAAGGGACCCGGCGCGUACAAGAUCCCAGGUUUCAGGGACAUUCCACAGGAAUUCAAUGUCAGCCUGUUGAAGGAUGUUACAUGGGAGAACCUGCGAACCAUCCAGCGGUCGAGGGGUGUCGGUGAACCGCCUCUCUUCAUGGGAAGCUGCGUCUUCUUCGCUAUCCGCGACGCGUUGAAGGCUGCGCGCGCCGAGUUCGGAGAGACAUCGGUGCUGCAUUUGCAAUCUCCCGCUACCCCUGAGCGCAUCCGGAUAUCCUGUGCGGACCCAAUUUUGAAGCGAGCGUGGGUGGAGCCAAGGGAGGGAGAGAAGAGUUUCUUUAUCAGCAUCUGAGGAACGUGUUGAUGGGUACCAUUCCAUCGGAUGAUGAGAAUGGGCCGAUGAGUGGCUGGGCGUCUGGGAGUCUGUUGGGAUUAUACCAUCGUUGUGUCGUAACGUAGUUUGUUGUCAUGAGCUGAAUGAAGUUGAAUUUUACCUACGUUGUGUGUGUU